GGCCUAAAAUUUCAACCGUGAGCGCAUCGCAAUGAGCUGCCUCCAUUGUUAUUCUCCAUUCCUUCCUUUGAAUUCUCAGCUCAAUAAACAGAAUCCGAAAGCAAAACAGCAGCUUCAGUUUUUCAGAAGUGAAUCAGCUCCCGGCCUGGUUUUGGUAAAACGAAAUGUGCAUUCGAGGACAAAUGCUACUUCCACUCCCCUUUUUAUCGCUGCCAAGAUCCCUCCAUCUCAAUCCGGUGACAUUACAGUCUUUUUCCAAACAAGUGCAUUGCUUCUGGUUGUUUACUUCUUGGGGAAUUUUGUGGCACCGUAUUUCAUGGUUGGUGAAGACCAGAACACAAAUGAAAAUGAUAGCCAAGGAAGACGAUGAAGAUCAAGCUCCGAU